GUUUCUCAAGCAGUAGACACACUCUGGUGCUUCCAGCCACACAUAUUUACAGAAGUUCAAAGUUCUUCUUUUGUUCCACAGCUAAACCGUGUGUCCUUUGCAUUUGAUCAUCGCUGAAGGCCGCUCGGACUUGUCGAGGCCACAAGAGUUGAACUACACAGUACGAGACUCCGCCGAUGGGACGGUUUUGGUUAUCGUUGAGCGAGAGGAAAUUUUGAAACGUUGUGCAAUGGUGCUGCAAAAAUUUUGAAAGGUUGUGAGACGCAUUCGGUUUGCAAAGCGGUUUGGAAAAGAAGCCUCCAUGUUGCAUCCCUACAGAAUGGAGACCUACCUCAUACCACCUCCCUCGGAGGAAAUCUACGACCCUGAGAUGUACAUACAAAUACCAGAUUAUUAUAAUUCAUAUGUUCUGGAUGCAGAGAUGCAGCCAGAUCAUUGGGACUAUCGCACUCACCCUCAUGCACACCCAGUCGAGUUCGACAACCUCCAGGAAACAAACUUCACCGAGUUGCAGAGUGUGCAGUCACUGCACCCGCCAAGCCUGAUUCGACAUGACGCCAUGCGUUACGACGCAGAGAGUCUGCUGGAGCCAAAUCUGGGGGCCCAUUCUCACAUGCUGCAGCAACAUGUUUUUCCACGGACUAUGUAUUCAACACAUAUGUCCCAGCGCAGCACUGAUGAUGACGAGCAUGAAGGUCAAAGUCCCCCUUUGGAGGUCUCUGAUGAGGAGUGCCUCAGAGAUCAAAUACCUUAUGUUUCACACGGAGAGAUGGGCAACAAAAAAAAGAUCCGUUUGUACCAGUUCCUGUUGGACCUUUUGAGGAUCGGCGACAUGAAGGAUAGCAUCUGGUGGGUGGACAGAGACAAGGGAACCUUCCAGUUUUCGUCCAAACACAAGGAGGCUCUCGCACACCGCUGGGGAAUCCAGAAGGGCAAUCGCAAAAAAAUGACCUAUCAGAAAAUGGCGAGGGCUUUGCGCAACUACGGCAAAACCGGAGAAGUGAAAAAGAUCAAGAAGAAACUGACAUACCAGUUCAGUGACGAGGUGCUUGGGAAGAGUCAUUUUGAAAGAAAGCCAUACAUGUAGACACAAGACUGGAUCGUGCAAAUGUGGUGACUUUUGGGUUCUGGUAUCAGUGGUCACUUAAAGAUACCAUUGUUUGUAAAUAGCAUUAAAAAAACGUCAGUGAAAGUAAAUAGAGGGAACGAGCAGGUUAAUGAUGGUAUUAUGUAGAACAUUUAUACCCCCCAGCACACACAAAUACAGCAAAUGGACAUGUGCGGUCUAUCCAUCCAUCCUUUCUCUCUAGUCUUUAUUUUGUCAGGCUCAUGGGACAGCUUUAGUUUAUCCCGUCUGACUUUAGCCAGUAUAUAUUUUCAAAGGUAUACUGUUUAUGUACGCCAAGGUUAUUUAACUGGCAGCCCAAGGGCCCAAUCAGGCGCUGGAAAGACACCAGACAGUUCAAAUCAAAACUUGGGAGACAAACAUUUUUUGAAGCAAAUUCCUGAAAACACUGGAGUCCCCCAGUUGUAGAGGUGAACUUGGACCGCUGUGAACUCAUUGGCAGAACCUUGCAUUGACACUUUAACCUUGCUAGCAAAACGUUGGACACUGGGGUCCGAAUGUGUUAUUUACGUAACAAAGGCGUUCCACAAGGCACCUCUGUAAGUCCCCAUUUUUUUCGGUAGUGUACUUUUUUUGUAAUGUGAUUUAUGUAACUUAGGUGUUGCUGUAGCUUGUUUACUUCAGAUGCAUUAGUAGUCUCUUGUUCAACGUUUUUAGUUACACUAGUAGUGUUCCAUUUUAGGUACUCUCAUUUUCUUCAUGUGGGCUGGUUAUCUGGUGGCCUGUAAGUUCAGUUAAAAAAACCUUAUGAGAAACUAACAUCUUUUCAGAAGGUCCUUAAAAACAGCAUAACCAAAAUCAUUUGGAUAAAUAUCCCUUAAGUCAGGGGUCGGCAACCCAAAAAUGAUGAAAGAGCCAUAUUGGACCAAAAAUGCAAACACAAAUCCACCUGGAGCCGCAAAAAAUUAAAAGCCAUAUUACAUACAGAUAGUGUGUCAUGAGAUAUAAAUUGAAUUAAGAGGACUUAAAGGAAACUAAAUGAGCUCAAAUAUACCUACAAGUGAGGCAUAAUGAUGUAAUAUGUACAUACAGCUAGCCUAAAUAGCAUGUUAGCAUCGAUUAGCUUGCAGUCAUGCAGUGACCAAGUAUGCCUGAUUGGCACUCCACAUAAGUCAAUAACAUCAACAAAACUCCCCUUUUUGCAUUCUUGCCCAACAUACUUGCCAACCCUCCCAGAUUUCCCGGGAGACUCCCGAAAUUCAGGGCUUCUCCCGAAAACCUCCCGGGACAAAUUUUCUUCCGAAAAUCUCCCGAAAUUCAGGCGGACCUGAGUGACGUGUAUAAAGAGUGUGUCUGCUCAAUGACGUUAUAACUGUAGAAUGAUCGAGGGCGAAUUCAUAGUUUCUUAUGUGAGUUUAUUGUUAGGCAGUUUCAUUAAGGUCCUCCCAGCACGGUAAAACAACACACAACAACAGCAGUCCGUUUUCGUCUACGGUAAAGCAGUUCAUCUGCCUAAACAGCAAUGUUGUGACACUCUUAAACAGGACAAUACUGCCAUCUACUGUACAUGCAUAUGGUUAGAAAAACAAGGAUGGACAAUUCAAACCUUAACUCAACAAUGAGUAGAUGUGUGUUAUGUGUGUGUAAAUGUGUAAAUAUCAUAUAUAUAUAUAUAUAUAUAUAUAUAUAUAUAUAUAUAUAUAUAUAUAUAUAUAUAUAUAUAUAUAUAUAUAUAUAUAUAUGAAAUACAUGACUUGGUGAAUCUAGCGGUAAAUAUAGAAUAGAAUAGAAUAGAAUAGAAUGUAUUUUAUUGAUCCCUGGGGGAAAUUCAGCACCAGUUUGCUCACAAUAAACAAUGAUAAUAAUAUAAUAUAUAUAUAAUAUAUUAUAUAUAAUAUAUGAAUAAUAAAAAUAUACUCCUCCCCUCUUAACCACGCCCCUGCCCCACCCCCCAUCUCCCGAAAUUGGAGGUCUCAACGUUGGCAAGUAUGUUGCCCGAUGUUAAAAGUUUGGUGGCCCGAUGUUAAAAGUUUGGUGGACAAAAUGAGACAGAAAAAGAAGUGGCAUAAAACACGUCUUAAAAAGUCGGAGUAAGUUACACAUGUACACAAACUACGGUGAGUUCAGGACCGCCAAAUUUAGUAGGACAAAACGGCAUUCACCAAAUAUUCGAUUCAGUGAAGCAUGUUUAAUAUAAACAAUGUGCUUUAUAACAAUUAGGGAGGUUUGUGUCAUGUUUGUCCUCCUACAGAAACCAUAUUAAAACAAAAAAUAUGUAUUUUUUCCCCCUAAUCUUUUUCCUUUUUUCAUAUAUAUUUUUGAAAAAGCUCCAGAAAGCCAGUAGGGCGGUGCUAGAGAGCCGCAUGCGACUCCAGAGCCGCGGGUUGCCGACCCCCAUCUUAGGUACACCGCGUACAUCAUUCUUUGACACAUGUUGUUCGUCCCAAAUUUAUUAUUGUGUGGAAAUGUCAGAAAAUCUAUUCCUUUUCUUCUUCCCUCCUUUGUAGCCAAGAUUAUGAUGUAUUUUAUUGUUGUUGUUUAUUGAGUAUGUCAUAGUGAGCUGCACAUCACACAUGCAGUACAUAACAUACAUAAAUAUCUCCAGUGAACAGUCUUGUGCUCAAUGGCAAUAUUAUUAUUUCACAAAAAAUAAAAUAAAAUGUAACUAAGAAAAUAAGAUAAAAUAUAAUAAAAUAAAAAUAUCUCAAAGGGGUAAUGGGAAGAAGUAUAAACCAUUUUAAUCCCCCCUCCCUCUUUUUUAAAUAGUUACUUUAACUAAUAUCCACGUUCAACUGGAUCCACAUACAGUGGGGCAAAAAAAGUAUUUAGUCAGCCACCGAUUGUGCAAGUUCUCCCACUUAAAAUGAUGACAGAGGUCUGUAACUUUCAUCAUAGGUACACUUCAACUGUGAGAGACAGAAUGUGAAAACAAAAAUCCAGGAAUUCACAUUGUAGGAAUUUUAAAGAAUUUAUUUGUAAACUAUAGUGGAAAAUAAGUAUUUGGUCAAUCAUUCAAAGCUCUCACUGAUGGAAGGAGGUUUUGGCUCAAAAUCUCACGAUACAUGGCCCCAUUCAUUCUUUCCUCAACAUGGAUCAAUCGUCCUGUCCCCUUAUCAGAAAAACAGCCCCAAAGCAUGAUGUUUCCACCCCCAUGCUUCACAGUAGGUAUGGUGUUCUCGGGAUGCAACUCAGUAUUCUUCUUCCUCCAAACACGACAAGUUGAGUUUAUACCAAAAAGUUCUAUUUUGGUUUCAUCUGAUCACAUGACAUUCUCCCCAUCCUCUGCUGUAUCAUCCAUGUAUCAAUUUUGGAGACAUUGAUUUUAUUUUCACAUUCUGUCUCUGACAGUUGAAGUGUACCUAUGAUGAAAAUAACAGACCUCUGUCAUCAUUUUAAGUGGGAGAACUUGCACAAUCGGUGGCUGACUAAAUACUUUUUUGCCCCACUGUAACUCAAUUUGCCCAGAACAAUGUGCUACCAAUUCUCAAUAUAUCAUUAUAAGUAAGUCAUAUAAGUCAUUCUAAUUCAUAUUCAAAAUAAGCUGGACCUCACUAUACCAAACCAAAAUAUUAGCUACCGGUAUGUACAAUUUUUUAAAAUGCUCAAUGUUUGAACAGUGUUUGAGCUCAUCACUCAGGCUGUUCCAUAUUUUCACCCCACAGACUGAGACAAAAAAACUUUUCCUUGUGCUAAGUGCGAAAGCGUGUUUAUAUAUUGCCUUUCUAUAAAUAAACGUUGAAUAUUUGCAGGCAAUUCAUAACUUAUUGCUUUAAACAUGAUUAACCCUGUCAAAUAUUCUACUAAAUCCGGGUAUUGGAACAGUUUUGACCUCAAAAAUAAGCUAUUUAUGUGCUCCUUGAAUCCCACAUUAUGGAUAAUUCUAAGUGUAUGUUAAUUUUAUAAUUAUUUCCCCAAACUUCUGCACCGUAAAUUAAGUAGGGAUAUAUGAGCAAAUAUUACAUGGUUCAAGGGUGCUGGGUGCUGUUGGUACACUGUUUUGCAAUACAAUAAGCACACACUGAAUGUGCAAAAGUUCUUCAAUAUAUCCUUUUGUAACAUUUUUGUUUUAUCAUUAAAACAAAGACCUAUCCUCAUUUUAUAUUUUUUCUGUUUUGAACUUGCAACUAUUUAUGUUACCUGGGUUGAUAUACAAUUGAACAUACACAGCGGAGCCACAAUAAACAACUGUAAGUAUCUUGGUGUCAAGUUGGGGUAAACUGGACUCCUUAAUGCCUGUAAAGGAAACGGUGGAAUUUUGGUUGCCUAUUGUCUUAGGCUCCUGUAUUGUACAUAUUUUGGUGUGAUAUUUAACCCAACCAUGGCACAAUAGUCAGCGGAGUUUCUGUAAAUUUUACAAUUCUGUAAAAACACCACUAUUGAUUUUGCCUAGGAACAAAUGUUAACUGAAAUUCUGAAAGGUUAUAGCUAUUAUUUAAGAGAAUGAUACAUUAUAAAAUGUUUUUUUCUUGUCUUCUUGAAUGAUUGAUUACAGCUUUGAAGGCAAGUGUAAACAACGAGGAACUGUGAUGUGAAAUGGAUGUAGUUGAGUACACAAUGUAUGUAAAGAAUGCCAUGUAUGUAAAUGCAAUUUUUCAUGUGCUUCAUUUUUUGUAUUGAUUGUGAACCAAAAGUAAAGUUCUGAAGUAAGUUGUUUGAACACAGCAGCAAAAUAACACAAAGAAAAAUAAAUAAUUUCAAAACAUCAAA